GCAGAGCCGCGACCCCCAAGUCGGUGUGCGAAGGGUGCCAGCGAGUUAUUUCGGACCGGUUCCUGCUGCGCUUGAACGACAGCCUGUGGCAUGAGCAGUGCGUCCAGUGCGCGUCCUGCAAGGAGCCCCUGCAGACCACCUGCUUCUACCGUGACAAGAAACUCUACUGCAAGCUGGACUACGAGAA